CUUUCCAGUCGGUCAAGCCACCGUGAACGGCGGCGGCGCGCAACUGUUGCAGACAGGCGCGGCACGUGGCGAUUUAAUUGGCGGCUGGGCGGUCGACGACUGGUCACUGCAGUCUGCAGCGCGGCAUGCGCGAGUCCCAAACAGCCAAACAGCAGAGCUCCACCGUCAGGCACGUUUCUGCGCUACCGCCGCGCAGGUCGUCCAGAGCCUGUCUUGCUUGAAGCCGGGUCGCAUUCUUAUCCGUCUCCCAACCCCGUCUGAAGUGCGUCGCGCUGCUUGUCGCGCUCCCAUCGCCUAUCAUGAGGUUCGGCCAGCAGCUGAAGCAGUCGCUGAACAGGGACUGGCUCUUCUACUACAUCGACUACGAGGAGCUUAAGACGGCCCUGCGCGUGCACCACACGUGGGACGAGAAGGCCGAGCAAGCCUUUGUCGAGCAGCUUGAGAAGGAGCUCGACAAGGUCUACAGCUUCGUGCGCGUCAAGAGCGACGAGAUCAUCCGCCGCAUCGCAGCCUCGGAGAAGGAGGUCAGCACUGCCGUCGCCCGCUCGCAGGACCACCUGCAGUCGCAGCCGAGCACCGAGGACGCAGAUCCAUUUGAAGAGGACUUUGACCUGCUGGAGGAGGAUCUCAGCGACAUCAUUGCAGAUGUCCACGAUCUGGCCAAGUUCACCCAGCUGAACUACACAGGCUUCCAGAAGAUCAUCAAGAAGCAUGACAAAAACACCCGCUGGGCUCUCAAGCCCGUCUUCGCCGCCCGCCUCAAGCGCAAGCCCUUCUUCCAGGACAACUAUGACAGCUACAUUGUCAAGCUCUCAAAGCUCUACGACAUUGUCCGUACCCGCGGCAACCCCGUAAAAGGCGAUUCGUCCGCCGGAGGGAAGCAGCAGAACUUUGUCCGGCAGACCACCAAAUAUUGGGUCCAUCCCGACAACAUCGUCGAGCUCAAGCUCAUCGUCCUCAAGCACCUCCCUGUGCUAGUCUUCAACCCCAACAAGGAGUUUAACGAGGAGGACGCGUCCAUCACCUCCAUCUACUUCGACAACACCGAUACCUGGGAGCUGUACGAGGGUCGUCUCAAGAAGACAGAGGGCGCCGAGGCUAUCCGUCUGCGUUGGUAUGGAGGCAUGAACAGCGAUACCAUCUUCAUCGAGCGCAAGACCCAUCGUGAAGACUGGACCGGCGAGGAGUCAGUCAAGGCGCGUUUCAAGCUCAAGGAGAAGAAUGUCAAUGACUACCUGAAGGGCAAGUUGCUGCCCGCAAAGAUCUUUGAGAAGGAGCGUAGGGAGCAGAAAAGGCCUGAGAAGGACAUUGCAUCAGACGAGCAACUUGCCCGCGAGAUCCAAUAUCGUAUCAUUGACCGCACCCUGGUACCUGUCACCCGCUCAUUCUACCAUCGCACCGCCUUUCAGCUUCCCGGCGAUGCACGAGUCCGAAUUUCGCUGGACACUGAGCUAUCCAUGACCCGCGAAGACAACCUGGACGGCAAGAAGCGUGCCGGUGACAAUUGGCGCCGCACAGAUAUUGGCGUGGAUUGGCCCUUCAAACAGCUUCCUCCCAAAGACAAGGAGCUGUUCCCGUACGCCGUCCUCGAAGUCAAGUUGCAGACUGCAGCCGGUGCAGAGGCACCACAGUGGAUUCGGGACCUGACCUCAUCGCACUUGGUCGAAGCUGUCCCUAAAUUCUCCAAGUUUAUACAUGGAACUGCCACUCUCAACCCCGCAAGGAUCAAUUUGCUUCCUUACUGGUAUCCUCAGAUGGACGUUGACAUCCGCAAGCCUGUCAGCCACAAAUUUGGCAUUGUAAGACCAGGCGCUAGCAAUGACAUCAGCACCAGUAACACCUUGGACGAUGAUAGCGACGACGACGACGCUGUCAUGGGCCUUCCCUAUGCUAAUGGAAGCCAAGACGAUGACCAGCUAACAAGACUCCGUGAAGCUCGCGAUGUCAUGGAACAGAAUGAGAUUGCCCGCACGAGAGAAUAUGGUACUCUCACCAACGGCAACCAUGCCAACGCUUUGGACAUUGAAGAACGUGUCGCGGCCGAACGCGAUCAAGACAACGACUAUCCAAUCUACGACUCUGAUAGUGACGACGAAGACGACGACCUCGCAGAAGCAAAGCGUGUUGGCGGUCUCCACUACGCCAAAAAGUGGACAGAACACACGGCUAAAACGGUCGGCACAACCCUCAUCAACGGCUUCAUUUUCCUCUUCCACCCCAAGCCGACGGAUGUCGGCGACGGCGGCUUCUCUCUCGGAGUCCCAACGUGGAAGCAGGCGGGCGAGGUAAAGCGCUUCAAAGCCCCUAAGGGUAAACGCAUCCACGUCCCUGUCCGCGUCGAACCCAAGGUCCAGCUAGCGACCGAACGCACGUUCCUCUCGUGGCUCGAGUUCAGCAUCCUCAUUGGCAGCAUUGCGGCGACGCUGCUGAAUUUCGGCGACGGGCUUGCGUUUGCGGCGGCUUGGGCGUUUACAAUUAUUGCGUGCCUAGCGCUGCUGUACUCCGUUGGGCUCUAUUUGUGGAGAGUGCGCAAGAUUAGGGAGAGGAGAGCGGUCGUGUAUCAUGACAAGUGGGGUCCCACGCUGCUGUGUCUGGGGCUUCUGGCUGCCGUGGCGGUGAGCUUUGGGUACAGGCUGGGCAAGGGAGGGUACGAUGGCGGGUUGAAGGGAGAUUUAAAGGGCAAGUUUGGUGCGUAGCUUGUGAAGGAGAGAGAGCAUGCUGGACGGUUUCUGGACGGGACUGAAGCCUGGCCUGUGGUCCCAAGGCGGUUACCGCGUCACGGUUAUAUGGAAAUGCUGGCGUUCAUGUACGAACGGAGAGUGGACGCGAUGACUUGGAACGUUGAUGGAGAGUGAUGUGGUCGUUAUGUCUCGAAUAUGUCAGAAAUAACUAUGUUGUGUACCU